AUGAAUGAUGGGAUUGAGGAUGGAGAUUCAGGAGAUAUAUAUGACAAGUUCUUCGGAAUUUAUGAUCCAAGAAAAGUUUUCGCAGUUGAAUUUUUUGCAUGGCUCCUUGCUCAAGGAAUAGAAACAGAUUUUAAUGACGACCAAAGCACAAAUAAUUUCUUUCUCAGAGUUGACAAACUACAAAACGAUGCAUGCUGGAGAUCAUAUAAAAAAGAGUUUGAAGAAACUCGCAAGACGGAUAGAAGAAAGGGCAACAGAAAUGCACGCAUAGCUUAUAUAAAUAUGAUAAAAAAUAAUGAUAAAAAGUUUGUGUCUCAUACUUUGGAGUAUAUUGAACACCUAGAAAAUAAGUUGAUACCGAUGACAAGCUUUGAUAAAUCUCUCUGGAAAAGAUUUAUUACUAAUAUAAGAGCCAUCAGUGAUCAAAAAGAUGCCUCGAAAUGGACAUUAACAGAUAAAAAUAAUAUUGAAAUUGAUAUUGUCAAAACAAUUUGUCAAAGUAUUACUGAGGAAAUGAUAAUGAAUCUAGAGUAUAAUAAUCCUUUAUUAUCAUAUGUGCUCCACACAAUAAAAUUCUAUCGAGACAUAGAUCCUACUUUAGAAAAAUAUUUUGUAAACUUGUAUGAAAACCAACAAGUGUGCGAAAAAUUAUUUCCACAAGUCAGCGAUGCAAGCUCUUUAUUUCUGGAACAAUUUGAGAUGUGGAAUAGUAAUAAUUUUAAUAAAGACUUCAUGACUACGUUUAAUGAAGGUACAUGGGAACAUUUUGCAUUACACCCAAUAUUUGAUAUUUUGACUUUACGUUUAGAUAAAUGCGUGUUACGCUGGGGUGAAAGUACAUCAAGUGCAUCAAAAUAUCGAAAGACUGAAAAUAUAAAAUUUGAGAAAGAAACUCGUGAACAUUUAGAUCGAAUAAUAGCACUGUUUCUCAUGUCUUCACAAGCAAAGAAGGCAGAUAACUGGAUUGAAAUGAUGAUUGCAAAAAAUCUUUAUGAGAUUGUGUAUAAUGAUAAACGUAAAUUAAUACGCUUUGGGCAUGAUUCAAAAAAUAAAAUGCUCGAUGAACUUAUUGAGAAGAAAUACAUAUAUUUAUCUGAUUGGAAGAACCUUUGUAAUGACAUUUGUAAGGUUGAAUUGUUGUUAUUCCAAGCUUAUGGUAAUUGGGUUUUAUAUGUUUCUCUAGUAUCGAACCCUGUCCCUAUUGGUUUAAUUUUUGGCAUUACUAAACACAUUUGUUUCAAUAUUUUAGAAGCGAAGCUCAAAGUUAGUGUCUUAGAUUGUCCAGCACACCCUUUUUGUCACGUGCAAGAAUUAUUUGACUUAGAUAUUCCGUAUAAAAAAGUAGUAAUAGAAGAAUUUAAGUUAUUUAUUCAAGCUUUAUGGGCAAUCAGAUGUGCACUAUCUGAUAUUAUUCAUGACUAUGAAAAGACUGUUAAAAGAUUAUAA